AUGGUGGUGGGAAAAUCUGUUUUAGUUCGCGAAAUGAUGGACAUUUUUCAGCUACCCCAGGGUUGGAGUAUCAAAACUACCGAUGGAAUAUGUUUAACGUGUCUGGAACGUUUGGAAUAUUGCUACCAAUUCUACGCAACGUUACUAACUACAACAACAAAUGUAAGUCAUUUUACCAAUGAUCAGUCACCCGCAGCUGAGGACACCAGUGUAAAAUGUGCGUUCUGUGAUGUUUCGUUUGCUACCAAGCUGGAAUUGGAAAAGCAUUUAAAAAUUCACCAUCCGCAGUCCAAACUUCAAUUCUACUAUUGCCAAGCGUGUAAAACAUCAUUCAAAACCAACCGUGGUCUGCUUCAACAUAGUAAAAUUUACCAUGAUGCUCAGGAAACGUACUGCUGCCACAUUUGCGAACGACAGUUCAUCACCAAAACCAACUAUCUAAACCACCUGCGCCAUCACAAAGAUCGUGUGUGCGGCUUUUGUAACAGCGGUUGGAUCGGAGAAACUAAACUGCUGGAACAUGUGCGUACCACACAUACGGAUCGACUGUUCGUUUGUCGGUUUUGUAACAGAAAAGAAAGGCUGAACAAGUGUCUCAAUCGACAUCUACGUACAGCACAUCAGCAAAAAUCGAAUCCGUAUGUCUGUGGUCACUGUGGGCAUGAUAGUUUUUCAUACGAGACCUACGAAAUGCUAAUGGAUCAUCUACACAAACACCACCGCGAGGACGGCGGGAACGAUCAUGAGAAGGAUACAUACGGGACACUAUUGAAUGAUACCUUGUUCGGGAAAGAGCUCGAGCUACAAGACAUGGGUAUGAUCGGUAAAGAACAGGAGCAAUUUUUACACCAUUUUAGUUUGAUUAGAAGCGCGCAUGAAAAAAAGGAGUUGGCACGGCCGUUGGAACCACGGAUCGAUCAAAGGAUGAUUCUAGAGGAUUUUCUUGAUGAGGCGUUCGAGAAUGACGAAAUCUGGAAUAAGUACAUCGAAAACGGGGAGGAAUAUUUGAUCGAUGAUUACGAUAUUUAUUUGAAGGGAAUCGAAAGCAGCACGGAGCAGGAAUCGUGCAUGUACUCAUGCCCACAAUGUCAACGAGGGUUUGAAAAGCAAAACCAUCUAAUUGUUCAUCUUGCCGAGGACCAUGAUGUUCCCAGCCUGGUGUGUAACGAUUGUGGAGGUAGCUUUACUCGCUUAGCAGACUAUCGAACGCAUCGUCGGGAGCAUCUGAAAGACAAUGUCCGUUUUCGCGAAAUGGAAGAAGCUCUGUCACUCGUACAAAGCACAUCCCGGGACUACUCGGUGCACGAGGAAGAUAGUGGUUGCAUUUUCACGUGCAAUUUGUGCGACCGUACCUUCCAACGGAAGCACAAUCUUGAAAAGCACAGAUGUCGGUUUUACUUCCAAACUACAUCACCCACUGAAAUUGACGUACAUCAACGUACACAUCGAUCGAACAUUGAAGCACCGGAUGCGAAGCAGGAAGUGGUCUUCUGUAUGCUUUGCGAUCGUCGAUUUAGCUCUACCUCCGGUCUGAAAUAUCAUCUAAAGCGACACACGGGCAAUAAGGCGUUUGCGUGUUUGUACUGCGAAAAAAGGUUUACAGCCAACUCGAACCUAAAUGCGCACAUUCGAAAUGUGCAUAGCAAGAGGAAGAAUUUCCGUUGCACCGAGUGCAACAAAUCGUUCACCACGAAAGAUCAUCUUAACAAGCAUCAACGAUCUCGGCAUCGCCAGGAGCGUGCUUUCGUUUGUGGCGAAUGUGAUAAGAGCUACUUGCAAAAAUCGCAUCUGAACGAGCAUGUAGCAGCGUGCCACCGGGAAGAUCGUUACUUGUGCAACGUGUGCAACGGUUCAUAUGUUAGUAAAAGUUCAUUGAAACGGCAUCAACAGAGUAAGCAUCACAUCGCGCUAGAAGAAAACACAUGA